ACGGCUACAGCACGUGUAUAAAUUAGAAUAUUAGAUUUAAUAUCUUUGUAUAAAAAUAAUGGAUGAGCUAGUAGUAGGCACAUACGAAGGAUUUUUACUUGGAUACUCUGUCUAUUCUGAAAAUACGGACAAGAAAUUAAAGCAAACCUUCGCUACUCAGUCACACACGGCGGCAGUGCGAUGUGUGUCUGCUGUUGGAAAAUAUAUGGCAUCAGGAGGAACUGACGACAAAGUUGUGGUGAUUGACUUGAAGACUCGGAAGGAACACACAGUGCUUAUGAAUCAUGACGGCACAAUAAACGCUGUCGCCUUUACUCACAGCGGUACACACCUUUUAACAGGGAGUGACGAUGGAUCAAUCAUUGUUACAAGAACUGGCAACUGGCAGAUUGAGAAAAAGUGGAAGAAAGCACAUGGAGGUCAACCAGUUAUAGCCCUUGCAGUUCAUCCUUCAGACAAACUAGCUCUGAGCAUUGGAGGUGAUAAAACACUUAGGACUUGGAAUCUUAUCAAAGGUCGUCCAGCAUUCACCAUUAACUUAGCUAGCAAAGGUGUAACAAUGCCUACUGAAAUCAUGUUCUCACCUGGAGGAGAUCGAUUUUCUCUAGUUUCACAACAAACAGUUGAUGUUUGGACAAUAAGUAAAGCAGGAGUGGAAAAGCGAAUCACAUGCAAUUCUAAACCAACAUCAGUACAAUGGAUAAGUGACGAAAUAUUAAUUGUUGGACUAGAAAAUGGCAACAUUGUCGCUUUGACUUUAUCUGACACUCAAGCUCAAACGUAUGCAGCUCAUAGGCAACGAGUUAAAUCCCUGUAUUUUGAAAAUAACACUUUAUAUACAGUAUCAAGUUCAGGAGAGCUGAAGGUAUGGUUAGUGGCAGGUUCCAAGUUAAACGAAAUAUGCUCAACUAAUGCUGGUUGCAGAGUGACCUGCUUGACACUGAAUAGGCAGAACCACUUGGUUAAGAAGGAAGAACAUAUUGAUGAAGAAGGGACAGUAGAGAAUGGGGAAUCUGAUGAUGCAAAUAGUGUAGAAUCAGAUGAAGAUGUGGAGAAAGAAUCACCUCCACUAAAAAGAAAACCUGGAGCAUUUGUUACUAUUAGCUACAACAGUGAUGAUGGGAAAGAAGAGUGUACUCCUCCAGUAAUGAAAAAAUCCAAAAAAAGAAAAAGAAAUAAGAAACAAAAA